AUGGCACCUCGUCCUACAUUUGCAUCAACGUCUGAGGCCAUCUCUACAUUGCCGUCGCAGGGAGAUUUUCGCUCAAAAGAAUAUAGGCAUUUGCAUUAUCCCGGUUGCAACAUAAAUAGGAGAGGUUCUGCAACUUUAUCCCCUGCUCCAUCCAUUGCACAUUCUUCAACUGGCUCAUCAUCAUAUUCCACCACCAAGAGAUCUAAAAUGUCCAUAUUACAACAUCCACAGCCAUCAGCAUCGAAGCUGGCACAGCAACAAUUUGAAAACAAAAACAAGCAAAUAGGAUCAAAUGGUUCAGUUGUUGCGCAGCACUAUGUUUGCGAUGUCGCCAAGAUCCCUAUUGUGACCCCAAGGCCAUCGAGCACAGCUUUACCAGUCACCACCAAUGGGAAACAAAUUGGCUCACCAAAAUUACCACCUGUUAUCACCCAGGACAUGCGAAAUCGUACAAACUUACCCGAUGAAUUGCCCAUAGUGAAGUGUAUAGCCAGAGCAAGAAUUCCCACUACACAGGGUCCUGAUAUUUUUCUUCACUUGUACGAGAACAAUGUCGACAACAAAGAGCACUUGGCCAUUGUAUUUGGCGAAAACAUCCGAUCUAGAUCUCUAUUCAAACAGAGGCCAGGCGAGACUCAACAGGAUAGAAUGACUCGUGGUGCAUACAUCGGUAAGCUAUCUCCAGGACGCACACUAGCUGAUACCGAUGGUGAAAACACACUUGAGUUCAACUCAGAUGGCGAUUUGAUUGUUAACAACCUCACAUUCCAGGAACCAACAUUGGUGCGCAUACAUUCAGAAUGCUAUACUGGUGAGACUGCAUGGAGCGCAAGAUGCGAUUGUGGUGAGCAAUUUGACCAAGCAGGUAAGAUUAUGGGCGAGAAUGGUCACGGGUGCAUGGUUUAUCUUCGACAAGAAGGCCGUGGUAUUGGUCUUGGAGAAAAACUCAAGGCAUACAAUUUACAGGAUCUUGGCGCUGACACCGUUGAAGCCAACUUGCUAUUGAGGCAUCCGGCAGAUGCAAGAAACUUUUCAUUGGCCACAGCGAUAUUGUUGGAUUUGGGAUUGGUGGAGAUCAAACUCUUGACCAAUAACCCAGAUAAGAUUAUUGCUGUGGAAGGUAAACACCAAGAAGUUAAGGUUAAGGAGAGAAUACCAAUGAUUCCAUUAAGUUGGAGUUACACUAACGACGAAUCUGAAUCAAAUGGCAGCUUAGUCAAAGCAAAAGGAAUUAAAAGUAAAGAGAUUGAUGGAUAUUUAAGUACAAAGAUUGAAAGAAUGGGCCAUUUGUUGGAGAAACCCAUCAAAAUAAAUAGUCAAUAG